AUGCAAACGUCUGGCUUUCCCUGCUGAACUAGAGACAGGAGCCUGGCUAAGGAUGGUUGGAAAUGGCCUGCUUUUUAAUGGGGGCAGACACUGCACUAGCUUUCUCCGGUGAGGUUAGAUAUCAGCCUUCCACUUCAAAGGCAUCCAAGCAUCCGCUGACACCAGAUGCCUCAUCAGUUGAUGGACACACAGUACAGCUCUCGCACACAAGCACUAAGGACCAACCAAACUCCCUUAAUCCAGCAAAAGCUCCAGAAACACCUGGUCCCUUGGCUGAGACCAGCAGCAAGAAUGAUGCUCAAGGCGCACAGGCCGACGUAAGCGUGAACCAAACGCUGGCCCUUACCAAGUUUGAGGAUGGUGGCACUAGGAUUAAGAAAAAAAGGAAGAAAAAAGAGCUGAAAGAGGAGGCGAGUAGUGAAAAAGCAACCAGUGACAGUGCACCCAAACCAAAGAAGAAGAGAAAGGAGCCCAAAGGGGACAAGGAACCUAAAGAGGGCAAAGGGGCUAAGGAGCCAAAAGGUUCUAAAGGACCCAAGGGCAUUAGAGAACCGAAGGAACCAAAAGGGGCCAAGGGGGCCAAAGAGCCGAAGGAGCUUAAGGGUACCAAGGAACCCAAGCAACCUAAAGAGCCAAAAUGUAAAUCCAACACUACACCCAAAACCAAGGCCAGCAAGAAAACCAGCAAAGAGCAAGGCCCAACACCAACUGAAAAGAAGAAGAAAGGCAAAAGGAAAAAUGGUGUUCCGGGGGAGAAUUCCGAACAGGAGCAGUCGGCAGCAAAGGCAUCGCAGGCCACAGAGGAGCUAACGGAUGCACAGAAGCGACGAUCAGGCCGUCAAGUAAAACGAAGGAAAUACAAUGAAGACUUGGACUUCAAAGUUGUCGAUGAUGCCGGUGAAACAAUUGCUGUACUGGGAGCAGGGCGGAUUUCUCCGAACUCUGGGUCCUCACAGAAAGGAAACCAGACGACGGAGAACCAGGAGGAAGAUGAAUCUGCUGUCAUUGAGAAGAUACUGGCCAUGCGCACAGUGCAGAAGGAGAGUCCCGGUGGGAAGCUGCAGGAGAUUGAAGAAUUCUACGUCAAAUACAGAAAUUACUCCUACCUGCACUGCAAAUGGGCAACGGUGGAGGAGCUGGAGAAAGACAAAAGGAUUCACCAGAAAAUCAAACGUUUCAGGACCAAACGGGCCCAGAUGAAGAACCUUUUUGUUGAGCCGGAUGAGGAACCCUUUAAUCCAGAUUAUAUCGAAGUGGACAGGAUCCUGGAUGUAGCACAUACGAUAGACACUGAAACUUCAGAGCCUGUGACUCAUUAUCUGGUGAAGUGGUGCUCCCUACCCUAUGAAGAAAGCACUUGGGAGCUGGUGGAAGACAUUGACCCAGCAAAAAUACAGGAAUACGAAGAUUUGCAGAUCAUUCCUGAAGUCACAAACUUGGAGCGCCCUCCUGCUGAAACUUGGAAAAAACUGGAGCUGUCAAGACCAUACAAGGCAGACAAUAAACUCAGGGAGUACCAGCUGGAGGGAAUGAACUGGCUGCUCUUCAACUGGUACAACAGAAAAAAUUGUAUUCUAGCUGAUGAAAUGGGUCUGGGGAAGACAAUCCAAUCAAUUACAUUUCUAUAUGAAAUAUACCUGAUGGGUAUCCGGGGCCCUUUCCUCAUUAUUGCACCUCUGUCCACGAUAGCCAAUUGGGAGCGGGAGUUUCGAACGUGGACAGAGGUAAACGUAAUUGUGUAUCACGGCAGUCAGAUCAGUCGGCAGAUGAUUCACCAGUAUGAAAUGCACUACAAGGACUCUGAGGGCGCUCCUAUCCAGGGUCUUUUCAAAUUCAAUGCAAUCAUCACCACAUUUGAAAUGAUUUUGGCCGAUUGUCCUGAGUUACGAAAAAUCCAGUGGAGUUGUGUGGUCAUCGACGAGGCUCACAGACUGAAAAACAGGAACUGCAAACUGCUGGAGGGUCUCAAACUCAUGGCACUGGAACACAAAGUACUUUUGACUGGAACCCCUUUGCAAAAUACAGUGGAAGAACUCUUCAGUUUGUUAAAUUUCCUUGAACCUGUUCACUUUCCUUCUGAAUCCACCUUCAUGGAGGAGUUUGGAGACCUGAAAACUGAUGAACAGGUGAAGAAGCUGCAGGCAGUGCUGAAACCCAUGAUGCUCCGAAGACUGAAGGAUGAUGUGGAAAAAAACCUGGCUCCGAAAGAGGAGACCAUCAUUGAGGUGGAACUAACCAACAUCCAGAAAAAGUACUAUAGGGCCAUCUUGGAGAGGAAUUUCUCCUUCUUAGCCAAAGGGGCCAACCAGGCCAACAUGCCAAACCUGCUGAAUACCAUGAUGGAACUGAGAAAGUGCUGUAAUCAUCCCUACCUGAUUAAUGGUGCUGAGGAGAAAAUCCUGGAUGAAUUCCGUGAAGUGCACAACCCCGAUGCUCCAGAUUUUCAGCUGCAGGCCAUGAUUCAGGCAGCGGGUAAAUUGGUGCUGAUCGACAAACUGUUACCCAAACUGAUUGCUGGCGGACACAAGGUGCUGAUUUUCUCCCAGAUGGUGCGCUGCCUGGACAUACUCGAAGAUUACCUCAUCCACAGACGAUACACCUAUGAGCGCAUUGAUGGCAGGGUAAGGGGGAACCUGAGACAGGCUGCAAUCGACCGUUUUUCGAAACCAGACUCGGACCGCUUUGUGUUUCUGCUCUGCACCAGAGCGGGAGGCCUUGGGAUCAAUCUUACUGCGGCAGACACUUGUAUCAUCUUCGAUUCGGAUUGGAACCCACAGAAUGACCUGCAGGCUCAGGCCCGAUGUCAUCGGAUAGGACAGAAUAAAGCAGUUCAAGUGUAUCGCCUAAUAACUCGCAACUCGUAUGAGCGAGAGAUGUUCGACAAGGCCAGCCUCAAGCUGGGUCUUGACAGAGCUGUACUGCAAGCAAUGAAUCGCAAAGGAAACACUAAUGGGGUACAGCCAUUGUCUAAGAUCGAGGUGGAAGAUCUGCUUCGUAAAGGAGCAUAUGGAGCUCUGAUGGAUGAGGAGGAUGAGGGAUCAAAAUUUUGUGAAGAGGACAUUGAUCAGAUACUACUUCGUCGAACACGCACCAUCACCAUUGAAUCGGAAGGGAAGGGCUCCACAUUUGCAAAGGCCAGUUUCGUGGCUUCAGGGAAUAGAACUGAUAUAUCUUUAGACGACCCCAACUUCUGGCAAAAAUGGGCCAAAAUUGCAGAGCUGGAUAUUGAGUCGAAAAAUGGAAAAGACAGCUUGGUAAUUGACACACCACGUGUCAGGAAACAGACAAAACACUACAAUUCUUUUGAGGACGAUGAGUUGAUGGAGUUCUCCGAGCUUGACAGUGACAGUGAAGAUAGACCUUCGAGGUCUCGCCGUCUUCAUGACAAGACCCGCCGAUACCUCCGAGCAGAGUGCUUUCGGGUGGAAAAGAACCUGCUGAUAUUUGGGUGGGGUCGAUGGAAGGACAUCCUGUCACAUGGACGAUUCAAGUGGCACCUGACAGAGAAGGACAUGGAGACCAUUUGUCGCACUCUUCUGGUUUAUUGCCUGAAACACUACAAAGGGGAUGAGAAGAUCAAAAGCUUCAUCUGGGAUCUUAUUACUCCAACAAAAGAUGGACAGAACCAAGCACUGCACAAUCACUCAGGGUUAUCAGCGCCUGUACCCAGGGGGAGGAAAGGCAAGAAGAUGAAAACUCCGCUGUCCCAGCCAGAGCUGAAGAAUGCUGAUUGGGUGGCCACCUGUAACCCAGAUGUGCUCUUCCAUGAUGAUGGCUAUAAGAAACAUCUCAAACAGCAUUGCAACAAGGUCUUGCUGCGAGUCCGGAUGCUGUAUUACCUUAAACAGGAGGUGCUGGGAGAGGCUGCUGACAAAGCUUUGGAUGGUAUUGAUGCGAGUAAGCUGGAAGUCUGGAUUCCUGAUGUUGACUACAAUGAUGUGCCCGUCGACUGGUGGGGCGGAGACUCAGACAAGUCCCUGCUCAUUGGAGUUUAUAAACAUGGUUACGAGCGAUAUAAUGCGAUGAGAGCUGACCCAGCACUCUGCUUCCUCGAAAGGGUUGGCAUGCCCGAUGAAACCUCGCUAGCGGCCGAGCAAGGAGGCGUUGACCUGCCAUCAGACAUAACUGAAGGGGUUGACCUGUGUAAAGGUGAUGACUCUGAGUCGAAAUUGGAUGGACAAUUCAAGGACCAGCCAGAUGAAGAUGCAAACUCCUGCACUGAAUCGGGGGUUAUGGAGAAAGGGGAAGACUCCAUUUUAGCCCAGGAUGGUACAGACAUUGACCGCCCGCAGUGGCCAGUUGCGUCAGUGCUCACGGCUCGCCUCCGUCGUCUCAUAACAGCUUAUCAACGCUGCAAUCGUAAGGAGCUGGUGAGGAUGGAAUCUUUGGCUCGCAAUAGCCGGCGUCGCUGGUAUCCGCAGGACGAGAUCUGGGGAAGAGUACCAGAAAUGGACAUUGUUACCAUGGACAUCCAGCAACGAUGGACAAGGAGGGAGCAGACAGAUUUCUAUCGUGUGGUCUCGACGUUUGGUGUGGUGUACGAUCCUGACAGGAAGCAGUUUAAUUGGAACCAAUUCCGCAGCUUUGCCAAGCUGGAGAGAAAAACGGAUGGGAGCCUGGAGAGAUAUUUCCGAAGCUUCAUGGCCAUGUGCCGAAAUGUGUGCCGGUUGCCUCAGCGGAAAGAAGAGCCUUCAGAUCCAAGCAUUUUUGUUGAGCCCAUCACAGAAGAACGUGCUUCAAGGACUCUGUACCGCAUUGAACUGUUGAGGAAAGUUCGGGAGCAGGUACUCCGGAGCCCGCAGCUGAAUGAGCGGCUGAAACUGUGCCGGCCCAGCCUGUACCUGCCGGUAUGGUGGGAGUGUGGCAAACAUGACCGUGAUCUGCUAAUUGGCACUGCCAAACAUGGCCUCAGCCGGACAGACUACUACAUCCUUAACGACCCUCAGCUUUCCUUCCGGGAGGCCCACAGAAACUAUGUGCAGAAUGGAAGCAGCUACUUCCAGAAUGUCCCAGCGCCUUACAGCCAGUCCUCACUCAACCUCAGUCAGUCUGCUUCCCCUGCAUCCACUGUGCUCACUCUAGGAGAGAAAGACAACAUUGAACAGAUCGAUGCGGAACAGGAGAAGAUGGAAGAGGCUUUGGAACAGCCGAGCCCAGAAGCAGGUACAUUCAGUGUCUGUUUGGAAGUGAAAAGUGAAGAGGAUGCUGCAGAUUCCACAAGCAGGUGUGAUGCCUUCCAAGCUAAACCCAGACCAUCUGAACCAGACACUGCAGGGAGUAAAUGGAGUGCAGUAAAUUGCAUUCAGGCUGGAUUUUACAAAGUGCCAAAUGCACACACGGAGUCUAAAGGAACAAGUGACUUCAGCGGGAACUGCAAAGAGGAUAAUGGGGUGGAUAGUUUACAAAAUCCCAUCCUUAAAUCUUGCACUGCUGCAGGAACUGUACCAAUGGAAAAUUUGCAGCCUCUGUGUGUUGAUGCCAACCAAGCGACACUAAACUGUUUGAACUUCCUGCAGGUGAAAUCCAAUGGUGUGUUAAAAUUGCAAACUGUAUCGGAGGAGAUGGUGGACAGUGUAGCGCCUGUGUGUGGUAUUACUGGAACAGAACCUGUGGUGGACACAGUGCUUGGUGUGAUUGCGAAGUGUGACCUUGCACAGCACGAGCUGGUUAAAGCUGAAAACGGAUGUACAGAAGAUAAGCGUUCAAUAGGGAUUACAGAUCGGGAGGCCAUAAUGAUUGAACAUACCUAUGAUGUGCAAGCUAAAUAUCUGGGGGUAGGUCACACGCAGACCGCAGCCAAUGGCAUAGACAAACCACAAGUUGAAAUCAGCCCGUCUGACUCGAAUUCUCCAGCUGCUUUGCCCAGAGGUCCCGAGGUCAUCAAUGAUUUGAAGCCGACAGAAGUUGUGACAAGCAGUGAGUGGCAGGCUGUAGCUGUGAAUGAGAGCAGCUCAAGAAAGGAGGCUGAAAGCAUGACCAGUGCAUGCACCAGAUCAGAUCAUGCACCAUUUGAGGCUGUUGAUGUGAAAUGCCUGCCGAGUGGAUCUCUGUCUUUCAAAGCUGCCCGCUCCAUUGUGAAGAUGACGGAGGGUGAGCCGGGGUCACCCUCUGACCAUGUAGGAGUGGCCCCCAUAAAGCAGGAGGUGACAUUUAGACACCUCCUUGAGGACUGCAUCAAGGAGCAUGACAGCCUGUGUGAAACAGAAGAAAAAUCUGAGGAAGAUGGCUCUCAGCCUGAAGGCGCUAUCCCACUGAAGAAUUUUGAUGAGGAGAGCAACACUUCUACCAGCCUGGGUCAAGACGAGAUCCAGGACAACCUCCUUCAGGAUAUCAGGGAGCCAACCAUCGCUCAACUGCUUCAGGAGAAGACACUCUAUUCUUCUGCAGAGUGGCCAAAGGACCGAGUCAUCAUAAACCGCAUUGACAACAUCUGUCAUGCUGUGCUGAAAGGGAAAUGGCCGUCAGCACAACAGCAGAGCCUUGAACCUCAGGGUGGGAUAUAUUCUACGGCUGCUCCAGCAGAGAGUUUGAACGUGAGGAGCUGCCUCAAUGUCCCAGUACAGGCUACGCACACCCUCAGCAUUGCUGAUGGCUCCGUCUCCUCCCAUCAGCUUACAAAGGAGAGCUUACUCGCAUUAACAUUCCCGAGGGAUCAAAGGAGGAGGAGACGGAAAUACGAGUUUGAGACAGACCGAGGUGCAAAGCGGAAGAACCUGGAAGAAGUUUCCCCAUCUCUUACUCGCCCUCCUGUAAUUUUGAAUGGAUGGCAAGAGACUGCUAUGGACCUCUCGAAAGCUUCUGAGGAGGUGUCCAGUUCAGUACCGGUCAUCAUCAGUACAAGCACGCCAAAGCUGGGAUCGCUAGAGCCCUCAACUGCUUUCAGGGCAGACAUGGCUGGGAUCCUGCAGGCAGGCCUCGUCCACCCAGUCACUGGACAGGUGAUUAACGGCGCCUUUAGAGGUGAUGACACGUCGAGGAGGAGGAGAGGGCGAAGAAAGAACGUCGAAGGAGUUGACAUUCUCUUCAUGAAGGAGAAAAAGCCAGAGAAUCUGGAGAUGGACCUUUCAAAGCAGCUUUUCUCUGGGGCGGCUCGCUCCGCCGACAACAUGAUGAUUAAACUCCCCCAAGGCAAGCAGCGACUGCCAACCGAGGAAGAGCAGAAAAACAAGAGUCUGAUCGAGUGGCUGCGGCAGCAUCCCACCUACACUAUGGAUGUAUCCAACCUGGCUCCCAAUUGUACGGCAAUUUUACAUGGCCUUUCAGAACGGCCCAAACAGAGGAGGCAUCGUUGCAAGGAUCCCAGUAAAUUGGACAUCAAUACACUGACCGGGGAGGAGAGGGUACCUGUUGUCCAUAAGGGAAGUGGAAGAAAGCUAGGAGGAGCUAUGGCCCCACUGAUAAAGGAGCUGGCAAGGUGGCUAGAUGCAAACCCGGACUAUGCUGUUGCACCAGAGUGGGCAGAAAUUGUGAAGCAUUCGGGCUUUCUACCAGAGAGUAAGUUCAGCCGCAUCCUGACUGAGCCUGUGGUGAAAGAGGCCGGCAGCAGAAAGAGGGGAAGGAGACCAAGGAGUGAAAUGGCCAAGACUGGCGGAGUUUUGACCGAGACCGCCACGGCAAUGGGACCAAUGUUAAUGAAUGGGCUCAUUGCUGGGAUGGAUCUGGUGAGCUUGCAGAAUCUCAGAAAUAUUCAUAAUCUUCAGCUAGCUGGGCUGAUGGGAUUUCCAGCUGGCUUUGCAGCAAUCCCUUCUGGAGAGGAUGGCAAGAGCAGCCUGAACAUGUUGCCCAUGAUGCUCCCUGGGGUGGCUGGGAUGUCACAUGUGUUUGGCGUUGGAGGGUUGUUGAACAGCCCAUCAGUGGUAUCAAGUACCAGCACUUCAAGCACAUCUACCUUGACAAUGAGUGCUUCUUCAAAAGUGGAUAAAGGCAGUGAACAGAAGGGUAAUGCUGCAGAGUCGAUGAAACACGGAGAAGGUUCUUCGUCAGGAGAUAAGCCUGGUCCGAGUUCAUCCUUCCAUGACUCUGGUGAAGCCAGAGUCACUACCAGCAACCCAUUGUCCUUCAACCCAUUCCUGCUGCACAGCAUGCCCGCUGGCUUAAUUUACCCAUCUAUGUUUCUUCCACAUGGCAUCGGUAUGGCAAUGCCUGGCUUUGCGCAAGCUGGGCACUCUGAAGCAGAAAGCACCGAGAGCCCAAAGAAGAAGAGGAAGAAAGCCAAGGAGGAGACUGCAAAUGAUGGGACUGAAACCAGCCCACAACAAACAACUGCUGAAGUGAGCACAGGAAAAUCGACAGACUCCACUGCCAUGCAGGACAGUUCUGGGCAGGAGAUUGAAAAAAACUCUGUAGAUGGAACCCAGAAUGCUGAGUAGAAUUUGUAUUUGCUUUUAGGUCAACUCUAGGUUUUCUUGAUUUCAAAAUUUAAACCAUGUUUAUGACCCCUUUUCUCCUGCCUGGUCUCUUUUGCCCCCACCCCGUGCUGUGUGAGACUUAGGAACGUAAAGCACUCAUAUUAAAUUCAUCCAUUGAGUUCAUUUUUAAUGUCAUGUUUUAAUUGGGUAGCCACAAUCUCCACUCAGGAACUAUACUUCGAUUGUUGUGUGGAGAUUAUGGUUGGCUGAUCUUUGGGGAAGAGAGAGGUAGGGAGGCAAAAAUGUGUUGAUUCUCCAUACACCAUCCAAAUAUAUCAUGCGAGAGCAUUGUCAACAUUUUAUUCAAUGCCUCUUGCUCUAGUUUUGUCAGUAUUUCACCUCCCAUUUUUUUUUUUUAUAAAACCAAGUGGGGGGAUUCUGUCAGCUUUAACCCUCCUUGGCUGGUGAGAUGGCAAGGGUUCAUAUGCUUGUCCUGCCUUUGUACAGUACCAGGAGCCGGUUGAUGAGUGUGUUGUUAGGGGAUGCAGUGUGGCUGUGUGUGUCACGGUCUAAUAACCUCUAAUAGGAGUGUGUAUUUCAUACAGUAGCUGUUCCACACUCUCGUACUAUGUUAGAACAAUUUGGAACUUCUGAUAUUGGGGAAGGGGUGAAUAAAAAUUACAAUGAUGCCUCUUCAGGAUCAAUCCCUUUUGAAUAGUUUGCAAAUUAGACUUCUAAAAGAUGCAUUGAGUGCAAAGGUUUUCGAACAAUUCUACAUAUUUUUUAUUGUAUCUCUGAAUUAAAGAACCGGUGGCUAAGCUUGACUCCUGAGGCUGAAUAUAGUUGUGCUCAGUAUCACUGGCACCCUCAUCAAGCCACACAUAUGGUCCAAUAUGGGGUAAGAUAAAGUUGGUAACCCUGUGUGACACCCUGCUCAUUGUGUUUCUUUGAGCCAAGGAGAUGUAUAAAUACAGGUCCCCUGAUCUACAAAGAUGAUCCGAUGCUGUGAAACUCCAGCUACAGAUCAGGUUAGUUGGCUUUAAUUAGUAUCAGUUGAAGAUCAUCAGUUAUUCAACUAACUUUGAGAUGAUUGCUGGAUAUGGCACCUUGCUUUGCCUUUGUCUACUAUGAACAACCAGAAUCAGUACCAGUUCUGACCUUGUAUCUGCUCAUCGCACCAAUAUGCCAGCCAUCCUGUACUGGCUAAAUAUACCUGCUGCAGGAUUUCAUCUCGCUUUCCUCCCCCACCCCUCCCCCCCAAAAUAGUCAUCUAAUUAAUUUCAGUCCUUCCAAAUCUGCAGGACAGCAUUUUAGAAUAUAAAGCCUUAGCUUCCCAGAAUGUGAAGCCCAAAAAAAAAGUGAGGUCUUGGGACAUUAGUUUCCCUAUAGUGAGGAAAGAUUCUGAUUCCUGCUGUAGUCAUUUUGUGUCAUUAUAAGGUUAAGUACAGUAUGUGAGAGUGGAAGAUGAGCUUUUCCUGUUACAGUAUAACACUUGAGGAUUUUAAUUUAGUUUUAUGAGGGGUUGGGAGAGAAGACAAAAUUAAUAAUUCCCAGAAAUACCUUUUUGCCAUUCUUUUAGUCUUUAGUUUAGUUAAAACUUAGUGAACUGUAUCAAUAAAUUGUUUUUAAAAAAAACAUUUUUAAAAAGAGGGUCACCAAGGACCAAUGUGCUUGAUCACUCAUUCUGAAUCCAGAUCUUUGCCCAGUUCACUAUCAGUUGGUCCAUUGUUCCAAGGUGGGUGGCAGUGUAAAUGCAGCCCGUUAGUUUGGAUGGGACAAUGUACCAAGUAACACUGACAGUGGCAAUAUGCAUUGUGUUAGUCAAUACUUGAUAAAUUGCCCCUAUCUUCAUCUCACCCCCAAUUUUUGCUAAGAAGAUGCCUGAUUGCAGUGUAAUUGUGGCUGAUAACAGAUAGGGAGACCGUGUAAAAAGGUGGUAUCACAGUAGCAGCAUGUUUUGAAUGAGUUUUUAACUCUCUCAGCUCCCUUCCCCUUGCCCUUUCUUUCCUUUUCCCUUAAUGUUUUUGACAAUACCAGCAGACUGGCGCAGCAGGUGGACACUGUAGCUUCAAUUAAGCCAAGUGAAGUCUCCUGGAGCUGAACAUUACACCAGGUCCUGACUGAACUUAGACAUGAAGCUUUUAAUUGAUGGUUUAUUUCCAAAGGGAAUAUCAAAGUCUCGAAGUAUUCACAAAGUUGACUGUCCACUGAAGUUUUUUUUUAAAACAAGUGUUGAUUUUCAUUUUCUUUACUGUUACAACCUUACGUAAGUUAUGGAUUUGUACCAAGGUCCAAAUGUUGAGUCAUAUAUUUCGUUAUUGCAUUAUUUAUUCAUCUGUUGUAUGUCAAUGUGUUUUUUUAUUAUAUAUAAUAAUUAUUCUGAAUCACUAACUAUAAAAUUCUGACUCUUUUUUUACCUUGAAGAUGAGCAAAUGGUUUUUGAAAUCUGCAUGGCAAAUUCAGCAGUUAGAAGUCUGAAAAAGUUAUUUCUAAUAAUUUACAGAAACUUUUAUCAGUGAGCUUUUGUCCCCACCCAAAAGAGCAGUGUGUUUAUUGAGAAAGUGUCCCAUCUGUUGGUCUGCACUGAGUUCUGAUAACUCAGAAUCACUUAUUUAAAAAAUCUCUCUGCCAAGUCUUGCAUUGUACAAGGUUGCCCUCAGUUAAUUAUAUAAACCAUGAAUUUAACCAUGAAUUGUCCACUAAAAGGCAAAGAUUCAGUUUAGUUCCAUGAUAGAUAUUUAAUUAUGGUCAAAAUGAAUCUGACGUGGCUAUGAAUUUUGGGAAUAUGGGCCAGUAAAAUGCUCCACCAAUGGCACUGAAAUAUAACACUGAGGCUGGAUGGGGGCGGGGGAAGGAGGAGAAGAGUUCAAGGCAUCAGAAUUCUGGUGGCGAUACAGUAUUGUCCGACUCCCCACCCGCCCAACACACCCACACACAAACAUACGCACAUGCACUUUCAUCUCCCAGCACCCCUGUUACAUCCUGCUACCCUCUUGACCAUCUGUUAGUAACAACCUUGUAGCUGCUCUUUCCCUAUUUUGGAUCAUGUUAUUGGAAAUCACCUGCAAGUAGCUGGAAAUUUACACCAAGCAAAGUAAGAGGAUUGUGAUGUAUCAUAGAGAGCAUUUGUCGACACCACCAAGCACUUAAUGGUUUUUAUUCUCUGGUUAGUCGUCGUGGAGAGACACAAGUUACCCAUGUAUUAGUUAAUAUUUUCAAGGUACUUGUAGUAUAAGUUUGGAGUCAGUUGAAGCUUAUAUUCAUAAUGUGAAAGUUUCUGAAACAAUGUUUUAUAGUUCCAAUUAAUGGGCAGUUGGCAUGGUGAAGUGCCCUAGGAUAAUGCAAUGGAUGGGACCCUGUGGCAGGUAAUGUUGCAGCAGUGUGCAUGGUUUAGCUAUUGUUGGGACUGAUUUUAGGGAGGUGUUGGCUUGCAGUAUUACCCUGAUUGGCACAUUUGACGUGAUGGUAAAGUGGCAGCAUCAGAGCUGGAGGGCACAGGAUUAAUUUCCUCACUCCUUAGUCCUUAGAUUUGAGGGGAGUAGCAAAGCACAGAUUCUGAUAUCUCCCUGUGGGAAAAAUUCAGGCUGUACUUGUUUGGUCACCAUUUUGCUCCUUCUAGUGACUUGGCAGAAGGGCUUUGGUAAAGGCCUGGUUUCAGGUAAUCUUGAAGUUGAAAUUUGACGAAAGCUUUAAAAAUGGAGAGGAAACAAGUAUCCAUCAUUGAAGGAGUAAAAUGAUCCUUUUGAACUUGUGGGAUAGGAAAGAUAUGAACAUUAGUUACUGAUGACUAAAUGAUUUGGCUAUUUUGUUUCUCUCAUUAUAAACUUGUGUGAACAACAAAGGUCAGUGCCUACAUUGGGGCUGGGUGGGGGAAUCUGUAACAAGGCUUAUAGUUUGCUGACAAAGACCAUUAAUCGCAUCCUGCCAAAUCACAGUUCAUUUCCUUUAUCUUUAUUCUCUUGAUUUUUUCAGUGCAGUACUGAGGGAAUACUGCAUUGUUGGAGGUGCCAUGUUUUGGAUUAGAUGUUAAACUGAGUCCCCAUCUUCCUUUUCAGGAAGAUGCAGUAGAUUUGUGACACUACUCGAAGAAGAUGACCAGAAUGUUCUCCCCAAUACCCUGGCUAAUAUUUAUUGCUCAAACAAUAUUACUUUGUAAAGAAAAUUUAUCCAGUUAUUGUGGGAUCUUGCUGUGCUGAAAUUGACUGUCAUAUUUCCUUACAACAUUCCCUACAGAUCUCCAAGCGUUUUGGAAACCUCUGAGGCUGUGAAGGCAUUAUAUAAAUGAAAGUUCUUUCUUUCUACCUCCAACCAUUACCAACCCAUGUUACAAGGUUGUCUUCAAUUCAAUGUGCUUUUAUAUUGCUUAACCUCCUUAGUGGAACCUUAUCAUCUGUCUUCUGGAAGUCUAUACAGACAACAUCCAUAUACACUCCCAUUUUCAGCAUACUGGUGACCUUGUCAAAAAUUUCAACUAGGGUAGUAAGACAUGGCCUAUUCUUCACAAAUCCAAGCUGACUCUUAUUGGAGAGAAAGAAAGACUAGUGUUUCCAUAGCGCCUUUCACAACCUCAAGAUGCUCCAAAGUGCUUUACAGACAAUGAAGUGUAGUCACUGCUGAAAUGUGGCAGCUAAUUUGCACAUAGUAAAGAUCCCAAGAACAGCAGUGAUUAUGAUUAGGUAAUCCUUUUUAGUGACUUUGAUUUGAGGAAUAAAUAUUGGCCAGAACUCUGGGAAAAUUCUCCUGUUCUUCAAAUAGUGUCAUGCAAUCUUAUACAUCUGUGUGAGAGAGCAGACAAGGCCUCUGUUAACAUCUCAUCUGAAAAUACAGCAUUCAUUCAACAGUGCAACUUUCCCUCAGUGCUACACUGGAAUGCCAGCCUAGGUUAACCUUCUAACUUUGGUGAAAAUGCUGCCACCCAAUUCAUAGCUUUUAUGACUUUUCCAAUUGCUCUGUCAUUGGUUGAUUCCAGUAACAUUCUUAUAAUUGAUGUUAAACUGACAGGUCUGUGGUUACCUGAUUUGUUCCUUAAAUAGUUUUUAAGUUUUCAGUUCAAACGCAUAAUUCCUGAAUCUAGAGAGAUUUGGAAAAUUGUGACAAAGACAUAAACAAUUUCUCUCAUUUCUUUUAAUAUCUGGGAGGAAAAAGCCAUCUCACCUAGAGAUUUGUGUCUCUUAAGUCCUAUUAUGCACUACCUUAUUAAUAUUAUACUUGUAUUGAAUCCACCAAAUUUCUCCCCUUGACUUGUUUUCAGGUUCCCUUCUACUGCUGUUCCCUUAGUCCUGUUCUUCCACUAUGAAAUGGUAUACAAAGCAUUGAUUUGACGUAACUGCCAUUUCCUUAAUUGUCCAGUGUAGUCUUGCCAACUUUAAUGGACCCUGAUUCCCAUUACAUCUCUUAAUAAAUUUAUAAAACUUUCUUAGCUUUGAUAUUCCUUGCAAAUUUCUUUAAAUAGUCUUUUAUUGCACCUCAUUACUUCCUUUACAUUUCUUUGUUACUUUUUAUAGCUCUGCUGGAUAUCCACUUUGCAUUUGUAGCUUCCCUUCCUUCUUGCCUUAUUUGUUAGCCAUAGUUGCAUUACCACAUUAGUAGAUUCUUUGGCUUUUAGAAGAUCAUACAAAAUACUUUUAAUACUUCCCACUGUUUGGUCCCUUGUCCAAAUAGCUAUUCAUGGUAAGAUUAAGACUUUUUGUCAUGCUCUUCUAUCAAGUGUCAGGUGUGGCUUGGGUGAUAGCACUUUCGUCUCUGAGUCAGAAGGUUGUGGGUUCACGUCCUGGAGUAGCAUGUAAAUCAAGGCUGGCCCUUCUGUGCAGCAUUCAUUGAGUGAGACAUUAAGUUGAGGCCCCACAGCCUUGUAUCUUCCUGCUAUUGGCAGCCAAACAACCUGAUUGCUUGUAAUGGACUUCCUCUUUUGCAAGUGCCCAACAGUGUUGCACUUAGUGACGUAGUGCUAGGUAUGUUUUGAGUGUGUUUGGAGCACUGAAAUAAAAACAAAAAAUGCUGGAAAAGCUCAGCGGGUCUGGCAGCAUCAGUGGAGAGAGAAACAGAGUUAACGUUUCGAGUCCGUAUGACUGCUCUUGAAGAAGAGUCAUAUGGACUCGAAACGUUUUUCUGUUUUUGCUUCAGAUUUCCAACAUCCGCAGUAUUUUGCUUUUUUCUUAGUGUUUGGAGCAUUGUUUUGUUUCCUGCUCACACCCGUCUCGAGUGUGGAAAAGCAGAGUUUAUUGCACUUCAGUUCCUGGUGAAAAUUCCAAAGAGGAGACUAGAUGGGCUGAUUAAUCACGAGAAACUUUGAUAGGCAGUUACAUAGUGAAUUAUGGCACAGACGGAGGCCAUUUGACUCAUCAAGUCCAUACCUGCACCUCACAGAGCAUUCCAAUCAGUCCCACUUCAUUGCUCAGUCCUGCAAGUUUAUUUUCUUCAAGUGGUUAUCUAAUUUCUUUUUGAAAUCAUUUAUCGUUUCCACCUCUAGCACACUUGUGGGCAGCAUGUUCCAGGCCAUUACUACUCACUUCAUAAAAAAAGUUCUUCCUCUCAGUUACCCCCUGCAUCUCUUGCCCAAAAUCUUAAUCCUGUGUCCCCUAGUCCUUGUACAAUCAGCCAGUGGGAAGAGUUUUUCCUUGACUACCUUAUCUAAGCCUGAGAUAAUCUUGUACACCUCAAUCAAAUUUCCCCAUAAUCUUCUUUGCUUUAAGGAAAACGCCCCCAGCCUUUCCAACCUAAACAUGUAACUAACCCCUCACCCCGCCCCCAUCCCUGGAGCCAUUCUGGUAAAUCUGCUUUGUAUCCUCUCAAGGAUCUUGACAUCUUGCCUAAAGCGUGGUGACCAGAACUGGAUGCAAUACUCUAUAUAGCAUUUAUAUAGCGUCUUUCACGACCAUCAAAGUGCUUUAAGCCAAUGAAGUGUAGUAUACUUUCUGAAGUGUAGUCACUGUUGUACAUAGAGGUUCAGCAUGACCUCCCUGCUUUGGUACUCAAUGUCUCUCUUUGUGAAGCCCAAGAUGCCCAUAUGCUUUCCUAACCACUCUCAAUAUGUCCUGCCAUCUUUACAGAUCGAUGUACAUGCACCCCCAGGUCCCUCUUCCUGCACACUCUUUAGAUUUAUGCCAUUAAGUCCAUAUUUUCUCUCCUUAUCCCUUCUGCCAAAAUGCAUCACUUCUCACUUCCCUGUAUUAAAUCCCAUUUUCCACUUGUCCGCCCAUUCUGCUAGCCUAUCUAUGUCCUGUUGUAGGCAAUUUGUAUCAUCCUCACUGUUUAGCACUCCUCCAAGUUUGGUAUCAUUGCCAAAUUUUGAAAUUUUACUCUGUAUUCCAAGAUCCAAGUCAUUUAUGUACAGCAAAAAAAAAGCAAUGGUCCUAGCACCAAUCUUUGGGGAACGUUACUGUCUACCAGCCUCCAGUCCAAAAAACAACCAUCUACUAUGCCUCCCUGCUUCCUGCCCUUAAGCCAAUUUUUUAUCCAAUUGCACACUGGCCUUCCUUGAAGCCAAGGUGCAACUCUGGUGCUACAAGGCCACUUGGAGUGGAGUUAUUUGCAUCUAGUGAGCUUUUCCUGGCGCUAAAAAUUCAUCAGUGUGGUUCAUUUGUUGGUGCCAGAAUUUGGUAGUGUUUUUGGCUAUUUGGCAUUGGGUGCAAAAGAUAGUGACAGACCCAACCCCAAUCGCACAGCUUAACUGAGGCAAACAAUGCUCUGUUUGCUUUUGAGAGUAGCCUUUUUGGUUUGAGCAGAUCAACAGACGGGAGUUAAGUCUCUUUAUAACAUAAUAGCUCUUACUGCACAGACUUUGCAUUUCCUGCUACAAGAAUCUUAACACUAAAAUCUUUGCAAAGAGAAAGAACAGUGAAAACUCACAAAGCAUUCCUGCUUGUAGACAAUUAGCCCUUUAAUUAUCUAUGUGCAAUGAUAAGUGCAGCUUGUGUUUUUUUGAGUGAACAAUGAAUCUUGAGAAUUUGAUGAGGAUGUACCGACUUUAGGGAGUCACUUUGAGUCAAACCUGAGGUCCUUUUACUUGAAACCAGCAAAAAAAUCUUACUUAAGUUCAAUUGUCUAAAGUGUCAUGCAAUUGCAAUCUCUAAUUAAAUCAGUCCCCUAAUAUCAUCAUUCUUUUUGCUCUUUAUGGUAAAUUGACUAAAAGCUGAUUGAAAAAACUAUUAGACAUCUAGUAAAAGAAUCGUGGGGGUGGAACAUGUCAAUAAGCAGAACCAGACCAGGGCAAAUAAAUUGUAGUCUUUAAAUCUGUGUGUGUAACAUGAGGUUACAUUUAUACCACAAGGCAAGCUGUAUAUUAUGGGUAAACGAGCACAAAUUGUGAGCGGUAAGAGAUGGGCUACAUAUCACAAGGUCAAACCUUUUGUAAAUAUACAAAUAUACUUGACACUCUAUUUAAAACGCAGAGGGACUCUAGAGAAUUAUAGCAAUAAAUUAGAGAACUGUUAUGUGUUGUAUAAAGAAUUUGUGAAGUAUAUUUCUGUUCCUCUGUUCAUUUCAGUCGGCUUUGUUUUAUACUAAGGCCACCCUAGAAUAAUGAGUGAAAAAAGAUUUAAAACUUUAGAACUUCUUAGAUACUGAACACUCUGUUACACAAUGGCAGUGGAAAGUGAAACUAGACUGUGUGUAGUUUCUCCUAUUUAUCUUUUUAAUUUGUUGAGUUUUACUUUUUUUAAUUGGUAUGCCUUUUGUGUAAUUUAUAUAUAGGUGUACAGACUAUACAGGUCACUGAGAGCAGUUUCCCUUUGAGAGACGUUUUUAGUUUGAUGUACCAAUUUUAUUUGGAUCAAAUAGCAGCAUUGAAAGACGAGACCCAUGUAGACGGACCCAUUUAAUCAAAGAUUUUAAAUGUUCAGUGUUCAUGAAAGGUUUGUGUGUUCUUGUUACCUUGUGCUAACCACCCAGAAAUAGCUGGGAGAGUCAGAGUUAGUUUCUAACUGCACCCGUGUAAGUGUGCUUCUUGUUUCUGGAAGGGGUGGAGAAGUCUGUCAAGCCUUUAAUGCAAGGUGUGAAGCUGGAAUGUAAAUCUUCAGCCAUGGUUAAAGCAUUGCGUAUUGAACUGGAGUUGGAGAAAAAAAUUUACGGGAGGAAUUGCCCAAAAAAAUGUGUUUUUAAAUGUACCUGCUUCACCUCUUUCUAUCUGACUGAUGUAGGUCUGCAGUGUUUACACUCCAAUCUCAGUGAUACACACAUAUUCUCUCUACCAAAUGCUAACUGGCAAUGGACUUUUGUUAUCCAAUACCCACACCCACAUGUUGAUUUCUAAGUGAUUUCUAUUUUCUUUUUCUCUUUCCCCACAUCUCAAAACUAAGGUUUCCAUCCCUCAUUGUGAAAUAAGCAUUGCUUCACCUACGAAUGCUAAGGGGGUCCUGCAGAUCAUACUGGCAAGUAACAGCAUCAUGAUGUAGUUUGUCUAUGAUGGAAUAUUCCACUUAGUCCUGUUUUUUUUUUCCCGUCAAGCAUUUCCGGUAACCUGGCAUUAGGUACAAACUGUUCAGUGAUGAUUCAAGCACUGUGUUUUAUUAACUUUUGUUUCCACUGUUGUUUCCAUUGUGUCGGAAACAGAAUAAAAUUUAACUAUCAAUAAAAAAAAA